AUGGCUAGUCAUCCGCUAGGAGCGAAAACUGACCUAUUCGAAGAUUUGCCAGAUGAACCCCCCGAGGUCAACACAACUUCUUCACCAGAGGUUUGGCAGAUGUUCUUCGAUGGCGCAUCUCGCAUCGGCACGAGCAGAUCUAUCAUCACAGGAGUGGGGGUCGUCCUCACUUCCCCACAUAAUCACGUACUACCCCGAGCCUUUUCUCUAACAGAGCCAUGCACCAACAAUGUGGCUGAGUAUAACGCGCUACUCAUUGGACUUGAGUUGGCAAGAGAGUUAGAGAUAAAGCACCUCGAGGACUAUGGUGACUCCCAACUCAUUGUCAAGCAAAUGACGGGGGAAUACGAGGUCAGAAAUGACGACCUGAUCCCGCUUCACAAAGCAGCUACUAAGCUAGUAGAGUCAUUCAAAAACUUCCACAUCGAGUACGUGCUUCGUUCCAAGAACACGCACGCGGAGGCCCUCGCAUCCUUGGCAGCUAACUUGGCCCAGCCACUAGAAACGACUCAAUGGGUCACUAUGGCGAGCCGAAGACUCUUUCGACCAAAAGAUGUUCUAGAAGCGAACGCCACUCACCAAGUCUUGGAUCAACCUGACCCGAAAGAUUGGCGUCUCCCGAUCAUCAAUUACGUCCUGUAUGGUAAGCUACCCGAGGACGCUCGAGAACAAGAGUCCGUCCGCUGGCGUGCCUUAAGGUUCUACUACGAUUCGACUACAAAGGCGUUUUAUCGAAGGUCAUAUGACGGCCUGUUACUUCGAUGUCUUUCGAAGACCGAAGAACGAGAGGCUCUACGUGAAGCCCACGACGGCACUUGCUGA